AGCGCAGGCCGGGCCGUGUGGACAAGAACCGGCGUCGGGUCACUGCCCUCAGCGGUUGGUCCCGGUGCGCUAAGGGCGAGUAGCAGACACGGGGGAGCGGCUGAGGCAGGUGUCAAGGGCUGCAGCUUGGGCUCUCUGAAAGGUUCGUGAGCCUGGUUAGUCCAGGAGCCAGUGACUAGCUGGUAACGAAACCAGGAAAAAGACAAUGGCAUCUGGGACUGUUGAAAUAAUUAGCUCUACCCCUGCGGGAGGGUCGAAUGAUGUAAGCUUGGAGGAACCAAAGAAGAUGACAAGAGAAGACUGGAGGAAAAAGAAGGAACUAGAGGAACAGAGAAAGCUGGGUAAUGCGCCAGCUGAAGUGGAUGAGGAAGGAAAAGAUAUCAACCCUCAUAUUCCUCAGUACAUCUCUUCAGUGCCAUGGUACAUAGAUCCUUCAAAAAGACCUACAUUAAAGCACCAGAGACCUCAGCCAGAAAAGCAGAAAGAGUUUACCUCAUCUGUGGAAUGGUACAAACGAGGGGUUCAAGAGAAUGCUGUUACAACUAGGUACCGCAAAGGAGCCUGUGAGAACUGUGGUGCAAUGACACAUACAAAGAAAGACUGCUUGGAGAGACCUCGGAAAGUUGGAGCAAAAUUCACAGGCCUUAAUAUUGCACCAGAUGAACAUGUGCAGCCUACACUAAUGUUUGAUUAUGAUGGGAAGCGAGAUCGUUGGAAUGGUUAUAACCCAGAAGAGCACAUGAAGAUUGUAGAAGAAUAUUCCAAAGUUGACUUGGCUAAACGUACUCUGAAAGCCCAGAAGUUGCAGGAAGAGUUGGCUUCAGGAAAACUGAUGGAGCAGGUGAACUCCCCAAGACACCACUGGGAAGAAGAGGAAUCAAAUUCACAGACAGAAAGAGAUCAUAACAGUGAAGAUGAAGAUGAAGAUAAAUAUGCAGAUGAUAUUGACAUGCCUGGACAGAACUUUGACUCCAAAAGACGUAUUACAGUCCGAAACUUGCGUAUUCGGGAAGACAUUGCUAAAUACUUGAGGAAUCUAGAUCCAAAUUCUGCCUAUUAUGAUCCCAAAACGAGAGCAAUGAGGGAGAACCCAUAUGCCAAUGCAGGCAAGAAUCCAGACGAAGUCGGUUAUGCAGGUGACAAUUUUGUUCGUUACACUGGAGAUACCAUUUCAAUGGCACAAACUCAGUUGUUUGCUUGGGAGGCUUAUGACAAAGGCUCUGAAGUUCAUCUUCAAGCAGACCCUACAAAACUGGAGCUCCUGUACAAAUCCUUCAAGGUGAAAAAAGAAGAUUUUAAGGAACAGCAGAAAGAAAGCAUCCUAGAAAAGUAUGGAGGACAAGAACAUCUAGACGCUCCACCAGCUGAACUGCUGUUAGCCCAGACAGAAGACUAUGUGGAAUAUUCUAGACACGGAACAGUCAUCAAAGGACAAGAGAAAGCUAUUGUCCGUUCUAAGUAUGAAGAGGAUGUAACUAUCAACAACCACACAUGUAUAUGGGGUUCAUAUUGGAAGGAAGGCAGAUGGGGAUAUAAAUGCUGCCACUCGUUUGUCAAGUAUUCCUAUUGUACAGGAGAAGCUGGGAAAGAAAUCGCUAAUACUGCAUCAGACUUACCAGAGGAAAAACCUACAGAGGAAGAGUAUAUGGCAAAAUCCAAAACGUUGAUGGAGAUACAUCAAGAAAAACAGAAGGAUGAGAAAAAAAAGAAAAAGAAGAAGCAAAAGAAGAGUCCAAAUUCAGAUAGUGAGGGUGAAGAGAAAAAGAAACACGAAAAACUGAAAAAGGCAUUAAAUGCAGAAGAGGCUCGUCUCCUCCAGGUUAAAGAAAUCAUGCAGUUAGAUGAGAGGAAGAGGCCAUAUAACAGCAUGUAUGAAACACGGGAGCCUACAGAAGAGGAAAUGGAGGCUUAUAGAAUGAAACGCCAAAGACCUGAUGAUCCCAUGGCCCCCUUCCUUGGACAGUAAUUAUGUGAAAGACAUUCCAGCACAUAGUUAUUGGCUAUUGUAUAUGAUACUUGGUAAACCAGUAACUGGAACUUCUCUGCCGCGUUUCUGUAAAAAAAACCUGCACAAGUCUGCUUUGCAGAAAUGGCCUGGUUUUUGCCAGGGAAAAGAAGUCUAUGAA